AUGUCAAAGCGAGUGACGCUAGCAGCAGUCAGUGCCUGUCACUCCUAUAAACCGUGGACCAAAAACGGAGAGAGAGAGCAGCGGACCAGCGGAGCCGAGCGAGAGAGGGGCGCCAGGAUACACUGCAGGCUCUUUGGAAAGAUGGGAGACGACAGACCUUUUGUGUGCACUGCUCCGGGCUGUGGACAGAGAUUUACAAAUGAGGACCACUUGGCUGUGCACAAACACAAACAUGAGAUGACGCUGAAGUUUGGACCGGCCCGGACUGACUCUGUCAUCAUUGCUGACCAGACACCUACUCCCACUCGCUUCCUAAAGAACUGUGAGGAGGUUGGGCUGUUCAAUGAGCUGGCCUCUUCAUUUGAUCAUGACGAUGAUGAGAAGAAAAACAAAAGCUCUGACACACCUCCUAGGAGUUCAGCUCCCACCCCAACAAUUGUGCGGCCCGGAUCACUGCCCCUCCACUUGGGUUUUGACGCCUUUCACCCCACCAUGCCGUCACCCACUUCUGUCAUCACACAAGCACCACCCUCAAAUCGAACCCUAGGUUCUGCUGGUACCCUGCGCUGUAUCUCUCGUGACUGUCCAACAGGGGGCGCUAAGGCAGAGGGUGGCUCGCGUUGUCUCCCCGUUCAGCGUCACGUGACCACCCCGCUGUGGCUCGUGUUGCCCAUGAUGGCGGAGGGAGCAGCCGCGCGCUCGGACUCUCUCUCCCACUCUGAUGCCUGUUUUGUGUCGUGA